CUUCAGUUCCACGAGAUAACCAAAUGGAGGUCUUUUAUUUUGAAACGACAGGCUAGCCAUGAGACCGGAAGGAGAUUUUGCUCUUUCCUCUAUACUAUAAAUAAUAUUUCGCACUUUUACACCAAACACCUCGUACAGUCUAUUUGCGCUUCGAUGUGUGCCAAUCAGGAAAGCCAAUAAAAAAAAAGAAAAAGCAGAAGCUGGUUCUGAUAGAUCACAGUGGAGUAAACACGAACAGCAUUUGAAUUGUUUCAGAUUCGGUCGCACGGGGACUUCGGGGUAAUCUGACAAAAAGAAGAAGAAGAAGAAGAAGGAAAACCUGAGAGCACCAUGUCAAUGAAUCAAAGAGCAGAAGUUCCUGAAGCCUGUUACCAGCCUGCUGAUGGAGUAACUCACUUGGGCUCACAUGUCACUGAGGUGGGCACUCUGAACACGCAGAACACUGCAGAUGCUGCUUCUAUGAAAUCAAGAAGGACCCCUAAACAAAUGAAACAAGAGGAUUCUGAAGUGGACCUUCCUGGUGCCAUGCCAGAUGGCCUGGAUCAGAUCUUCAUUAGCAGUACAACAGCGCAUUUAAUCAUAGUUAAAGAGGAGAUCUCAGAAGUGGAGCUUUCUUCCACAAUCAAAAGAGAGACACAUAGUGUAGACUGUGCUGCUAAAGCUACAUUCAAAAUUCAUACACCUAAAGAAACCCAACUAGGGAUUGUGCAGAAUACGCCAUCUUCUGUCAAGCAGGAGUGCAGGACUGGAACAGAGAAGACAAAUGAGAAGGAAUUAGGAGAGAAUUAUAUUCAGAAUGAGAGUACACAAAGCCAACAGGUGGUUUGUGGUGCUCUCCUAAUCAAAGAUGAAAGCUCAUAUCUCAGUGAAAAUCUCCAGUAUUUACAAACACAGGGCAUGCCUUACCAAUUUGCAGAAACUGAACAUGCCUAUAAGGGAGUUCACACAGGUGACAAAGUGACGCAACAGACUCUUAGUGGAGAGACUUUUACCAGAGCUACAAACCCUAAUGCCCAUCAGGGACUUCCCAUUGGGGAAAUAACAUAUUGGUGUACCGAACGUGGUAAGAUGUUUAAUCUCCCUCCUACCCUUAAUCUGCAUAAAACAAUUCACACAGUAGAGAAAUCAUUCCAAUGUACUGAAUGUGGAAAAACCUUCAGCUGUGCCGCACAGUUUAAAGUACACCAGAGAAUCCACACGGGAGAAAAACCAUACAAUUGUAGUGAAUGUGGAAAGUCUUUCAGACAGAGAGCACACCUGAGGCAACACCUGAGAAUUCACACGGGAGAAAAGCCAUUCCAGUGUCUUGAGUGUGGAAAGACCUUCAGCCGGACGACAAGAUUUAAAGAGCACCAGAGACAACACACAAAUGAAAGCCCCUACCGAUGUACUGAAUGUGGAAAAAUGUUCUGCUUUGCCGAAACUCUUAAACGCCAUCAGAGAAUUCACACAGGAGAAAAAGCAUUUCCCUGUGACCAAUGUGGGAAGACUUUUAACAGUAGAGCAGAAUACAAAAUACACCAGCACGUUCACACGGGUGAAAAACCUUUCCGGUGUACUGAAUGUGGAAAGGGUUUCAUCAGGGCAAACAGCUUGAAGGAGCACAGGAGAAUUCACACAGGAGAGAAGCCAUACCAGUGUCCUCAAUGUGGAAAGACCUUCAACAGGGCUACCAGCUUUAAAGAGCACCUGAAAAUUCACACGGGAGAGAGAGUGUUUAUAUGUAAUGAUUGUGGAAAGACUCUGAAAAGUGCUUCGGGCUUUCGAGAACAUCAAAGAAUCCACACUGGGGAGAAGCCUUAUCAGUGUAGUGAAUGUGGAAAAUCGUUCAUAUAUUGCAAACAGUUUAAGAACCACAAGAGAAUUCACACAGGAGAAAAACCGUUUGUAUGUCAUGAAUGCGGGAGAGCUUUCCAGCGUGCCGAACAAGUUAAAAUGCACCAGAGGAUCCACACGGGGGAAAAACCAUUCCAGUGUAUUACGUGUGGAAAGACCUUCAGCAGUGCAACAUUGCUUAAAGUGCAUGAGGGUAACCACACUGGGGAGAAGCCGUACCACUGCCUUACGUGUGGAAAGGCCUUCAACCGAAUUCCACUACUGCAACGACACCAGAGAACUCACACUGGAGAAAAACCGUAUCAGUGCGAUGAGUGUGGGAAGAGUUUCACCCAGGGAACGAGUCUUAAAAGUCACAAGAUGAUCCACACGGGAGAAAGGCCGUAUCGGUGCAAUGAAUGUGGGAAAACAUACAACCGGAGUAUCAGUCUGCAGUACCAUCAGAAAGUUCACACAGGAGAGAAGCCAUACCCGUGUAUGGAAUGUGGGGAGACGUUCGCAUGGAGUAGUUGUCUUAAGAGACACCAGAAACUUCACACAGGUCUUGAAGAGUUGAAUAUGGUUGAAGGACAUCUGGCAUUUGGAAACGAUUCUGAACUGCAUACUUAGAAAUGCCAAAUGUUGGGAUCUUCGGCACUUUAAGAUCAUGAUGGUGGUUUUGGGAUUUUUACACUGCUUGUUAAUGAGAUUCAUUUGUACUGAUUAUUCUCAUUAUUUUUUUGUGUUUUUUGUCUCUAAGAAUGCUUUCCAUUUGUGGGGCUGCUAUUUUUGACAUGGUCUACACCUCUUAUUUAUGGGAGAGGUGCAGCUUCUGAUCUUUAAAUUAAAGUAAAGAAUGACUCUUGUUAGAGAAAUAAAGUUGUAAGGAAAUAAUGCUAGGUUCCUGAGGUUUGAUUUCUUGACC